GAGGGCGGGGCCCGCAGUUCGGUUGCGCUGCGGAGCGCAGCUGUGAGGGAGUCGCUGGGAUCCGAGGCCCCGGAACCCGAGCUGGAGCUGAAGCGCAGGCUGCGGGCGCGGAGUCGGGAGGCUGAGUGUUCAUUCCAGCAUGUCGGAAGGGGAGUCCCAAACAGUAGUCAGCAGUGGCUCAGACCCAAAGGUAGAAUCCUCAUCUUUAGCUCCUGGCCUGACUUCUGUGUCACCUCCUGUGACCUCUACAACUUCAGCUGCUUCUCCCGAGGAAGAAGAAGAAAGUGAAGAUGAGUCUGAGAUCUUGGAAGAGUCACCCUGUGGGCGCUGGCAGAAGAGGCGAGAAGAGGUGAAUCAGCGUAAUGUACCAGGCAUUGACAGUGCAUACCUGGCCAUGGAUACAGAGGAAGGUGUGGAGGUUGUGUGGAAUGAGGUACAGUUCUCUGAACGCAAGAACUACAAACUGCAGGAGGAAAAGGUCCGUGCAGUGUUUGAUAAUCUGAUUCAGCUGGAACAUCUUAACAUUGUUAAGUUUCACAAAUAUUGGGCUGAUGUUAAAGAGAACAAGGCUAGGGUGAUUUUCAUCACAGAAUACAUGUCCUCUGGGAGUCUUAAGCAGUUUCUGAAGAAGACCAAAAAGAACCACAAGACUAUGAAUGAAAAGGCUUGGAAACGCUGGUGUACACAGAUCCUCUCUGCCCUAAGCUACCUGCACUCCUGUGACCCUCCCAUCAUCCAUGGGAACCUGACCUGUGACACCAUCUUCAUCCAGCACAACGGACUCAUCAAGAUUGGCUCUGUCUUUCAUAGGAUUUUUGCUAAUGUGGCUCCUGACACUAUCAACAAUCACGUGAAGACUUGCCGGGAAGAACAGAAGAACCUACACUUUUUUGCACCAGAGUAUGGAGAAGUCACAAACGUGACAACAGCAGUGGACAUCUACUCCUUUGGCAUGUGUGCACUGGAGAUGGCAGUGCUGGAGAUUCAGGGCAAUGGCGAGUCCUCAUAUGUGCCACAGGAAGCCAUCAGCAGUGCCAUCCAGCUACUAGAAGACUCAUUACAGAGGGAGUUUAUUCAAAAGUGCCUGCAGUCUGAGCCUGCUCGGAGACCAACAGCCAGAGAACUUCUGUUCCACCCAGCACUGUUUGAAGUGCCCUCACUCAAGCUUCUUGCUGCUCACUGUAUCGUGGGGCACCAACACAUGAUCCCAGAGAACGCUCUAGAGGAGAUCACCAAGAACAUGGAUACCAGUGCUGUACUAGCUGAAAUUCCCGCAGGGCCAGGACGAGAACCAGUUCAGACUUUGUACUCUCAGUCACCAGCCCUAGAAUUAGACAAAUUCCUUGAAGAUGUCAGGAAUGGGAUCUACCCUCUGACAGCCUUUGGGCUACCUCGGCCUCAGCAGCCACAGCAGGAGGAGGUGACAUCACCUGUUGUGCCCCCCUCUGUCAAGACUCCAACUCCUGAGCCAGCUGAAGUGGAGACACGAAAGGUGGUGCUGAUGCAGUGCAACAUCGAAUCUGUGGAGGAGGGAGUCAAACACCAUCUAACACUUCUGCUGAAGCUGGAGGACAAAUUGAACCGGCACCUGAGCUGUGACCUGAUGCCAAAUGAGAGCAUCCCGGACUUGGCAGCUGAGCUGGUGCAGCUGGGCUUCAUUAGUGAGGCUGAUCAGAGCCGCCUGACUUCUCUGCUGGAGGAGACGCUCAACAAGUUCAACUUCACCAGGAACAGUACACUCAACACAGCCACUGUCACCGUCUCCUCGUAGAGCUCACUUGAGCCAGGCCCCUAGCCAGGCUGUGGCUGUCCCUGGGCAUGCUGCAGUCCUCCUGUCCCUUCUCCCCAGUCAGUAUUACCCUUCGCGCCCAUAUUAUUUAGGAGGGCUUUAGGGGCUCCCUGGUUGAGUAUCACCCUGCCCCUUCCCCUCUCUUCCUCCCCUCUGCACUUUGUUUACUUGUUUUGCACAGACGUGGGCCUGGGCCUUCUCAGCAGCCACCUUCUAGCUGGGGGCUAGUAGCUGACCUGCUGCCUCCUGCCCUACUUGUGUGGACAGGAGGCCCACGGGCACUGGGGAAGCUGAGUUCUACAAUCCCGCUGGGGCGCAUGGGCAGGAGAGAAAGGUGGUGCUGCAGGGGUGGCCCCCCGGGGGGGGCAUUCGAAUCACCUCAGUUGCUGCUGUAAUAAAGUCUACUUUUUGCUAAAGCA